CCACCUCCCUCCUCCUAUUUUCGCUGUCACUUCAUUUCUCCCCUUAUGGCAGCUCUCCGCAGGAUACUACGGGCUCUCAGAGCCCCCCAUCAGCCCUGGUCUGGGGACCAUCACCGCACAGCCUCUACAUAUCCCCCUGAGAAUACCGUGCCCCCGGGCCGGAGUUCCGUGCUGCUGCUGGUGUCCGGGGCUGCAGGGGCUGCUCUCGCUUGCUAUGUCACCUAUCGCAAACACAGUGCGCAACGGUGGGGUGAAACACUUUAUCGCGACAUGGCAUCCAAAGAUAGUUGCAGCGACAUAGCUGACAGAGGGUCGCAGGCCCGCAGGGGGACAAGCAUCCUUCUACCUGUCAUCGCUGCCAAGGAAACGAGUUCAUCAGAAAGACCAGAUCUAGAAGAUUUAGACAUGUAUGCAACUUCUCGGGAGCAACGGUUUCGCAUUUAUGCAUCCUUAGAAUAUGAAGGACAGUUAUAUAUGACCCCAAUAGAUUUCCUAGAGUCUGUUACAACUGAUGAACCAAAAAGUCCUAAACAAUGGAAGACAAUUUCAAAACAGGAUUUGAAUCAGAUGCUUUUAGAUACACCACCAGUUUGGAAAGGAUCUUCAAGAUUUUUCAGAACCCUUGGAGAUGAAGGAAUGAUUUCCUACACAGAAUACCUCUUCCUGCUCUGCAUUUUGACAAAACCUCAUGCUGGAUUUAAAAUAGCAUUCAACAUGUUUGACACUGAUGGAAAUCAAAUGGUGGACAGAGAAGAGUUCUUGGUGCUGCAAGAGAUAUUCAGAAAGAAAAAUGAAAAGAAGGAAAGAAAGGGAGACGAGCAGAAAUGUGCACAACUGCGUCUUCAACUUUAUGGGUACCUUGCAACAACUAACGGUGUACUUAAAACAGAUGAACAAGAAUUUGCUUCCAGAAGCUAUUGGGAUACACUAAGGCGUAGCACAAGCCAAGCACUCUUUUCAGACCUUGCAGAGGGAACUGACGAACUAACAACUGCAAUGAUUCAUACUACCCUUCUUGUGCACUUUUUUGGAAAGAAGGGAAAGGCAGAACUUAACUUUGAGGAUUUUUAUAGGUUCAUGGAUAAUCUCCAAACUGAAGUUCUAGAGAUUGAGUUCCUAUCGUACUCUAAAGGAAUGAGCACAAUUAGUGAAGAAGACUUUGCUCACAUACUUUUACGGUACACAAAUGUAGAGAACACUUCAAGCUACUUGGAAAACGUACAUUUCCGAAUUCCAGAGGAAAAGGGAAUCUCAUUUGAUGAAUUUAGAUCUUUCUUCCAGUUUCUGAAUAACCUGGAAGAUUUUGCGAUUGCAAUGCAAAUGUAUAACUUUGCAAGUCGAUCUAUUGGCCAAGAUGAGUUCAAGCGUGCUGUGUACGUAGCUACAGGUCUGAAACUGUCUCCACAUUUGGUUAACACAGUGUUCAAGAUCUUUGAUGUUGACAAAGAUGAUCAAUUAAGUUAUAAAGAAUUUAUUGGCAUUAUGAAAGACCGUCUGCACAGAGGGUUCAGGGGCUACAGGACUGUACAGAGAUAUACCACUUUUAAAGCCUGUCUGAAGAAGCAGCUCCGCACCAGAUAAGAGGUCCCAAAACAUGGCUUGAAUGACUACUACAGGUGUGUGACAUCAGUCACCAGAAAGCAUCUGCGAGAGUACUUCAGGACUUUGCGAAGCAGAGAUAUGUUGAGAUAAUAACACAGCUGCAAGGAUUAUUUUUCUUUUAACUUGUUUGAAAAGCAUGAACACAGACAGACAAUGGCUUAGAUUCACUAAACCUCUGUGUAUCACCUGGUUCAUUGAGGAACAGUUUUGUAAGAACCUCUCUGAGCAACUUUACACCUAAACCGCAGGUAUCCAAUAAGAUCCCUAGUUAUUAUAAUAGGAAUAAAGCCAUGUAUGCCCAAAAUAUCAAAUCCUAUAAAAUAACCUCAAUACAUACAAGAUUAUCUCUGUAAGUAUUUUGCUGUUCUGCAUAUGUCUCGGGCCUUAGUGAAUUGCAAUAUCAAAUUUUUCUAAAUAUACCUACUAUAAAUAUAAGGCAAUAUUAUGAUUUGCAAGUAUUGAGUCUAUUUCAAUCUACUACUCCAAUGGAGUUUUCCUGGUUUUUGAAUUGAAAGCCAUUCCAGUUUAUAAGAAAACACAUUUUUGAAAUUAUUUCUCCUGACUUUAUACCAUGUUAACCUCUUGAAAUGCUUUGCAUUGAGAACUCUUCCCAACGGUACUCCAAUCGAUCAGGUUUUUAUUUAGCCAUGCAAAAGGAGGCCCAAAACACCUGGGUCAAAUUUGACAUUUUUGUAUGGCAAACUCCAGUAGAUUGGAAUGGGGACCAUUAAGAGCUAGGCCUUAAGGGAGUUUGAGGGGAAAAAGCCCUCAGAUAUCCCCUUAUCUUUCUAAUUUUACCUCAGCUUUAGAGUUUACUAAAUCUAAGCCACGCAGAGUCACAUUCACUCAUUAUAUUUAAGUUUUACAAUAUUUAUUUUUUAUUACACGUUUUUAAACAAUGAUCUUGAUUCUAAGAAUAAAAAAAGGAGUAAGAGACAUGCACGCGUUUAUUUUUAAAUAAAAUGUAUUCUUAAAUAUUGUGUUGAGGAAUAUAUAUAUAUAUAUAUAUAUAUAUAUAUAUAUAUAUAUAGUAACUAAGUCAUAGCACUCACAGGAUUUACAAUUAAAAGCAUGCUUAUUAGUGAAGUUCUGGGUUUAUACUGAAUCCCCUGAGUGCUUGGACAUGCUUUGCUUAGGUUGUUGACCCACAGAUGAGGCACUCACAGCUUCUUUUGAUUUUAUAUAUAUAUAUAAUUAUUUUCUAAUGUUACAUUUUUAACUUAGCAUAAAAGUUCAAAGGGGUUCAUAGUUCCAUUUGUAAGGCCUUCGCACUAUCAGACAUUCUUGAUCGUUGAGUGCAUUUUAAACAGAUUCUAAUUUUUUUAUUACUAAAAAUAUUUAAAAUAAGAUAUGUAUGUCUUUUAGGAUAUAUGUAAGCUUUUGCACUGAAAUUAGGUGCUUUAGUAUUAAAACUCCCCUAGUAAAGGGCAAACUUCCAAUUUGCCAAAUGAUCAAAAUUACUUUCUGCACCAGUUUUCAGAAACGCCACAUUUAAUUUGUAAAGUGGUUUCAGAAGAGCUUGAAGGGGCAUGAAACCUACAUUUUCAUGAUUCAUAUAGAGCAUACAAUUUUAAAUAACUUUCCAAUUUACUUCUAUAAUUAAAUUUACUUUGUCUUCUUGUUAUCCUUUUUUUAAGGUGCAGCAAUGCACUACUUGGAGCUCUCUGAUCACAUUGAUUGAGCCAAUGACAAGAGGUAAAUAUGUGCAGCCACAAAUCAAUAGCUCCCACUAAUACAUUGUGGCUCCUGGGCCUAUCUAGGUAUUCUUUUCCACAAAGGAUACCAAGAGAAUGAAACAAAUGUGUUCAAAGAAGUAAAUUGGAAAGUUGUUCAACCCCUUAACAACCAGUGCCCUACCCUGUACGGAGCUGGUCGUUUAACCCUUAAGGACAAGCACUGUAUCCUGUAUGGCGCUUCUGUCCUGGUCUCUUUCUGCAGCAAGCUCGCUGACAGCAGCAAGAUUGCGCUAUUUCUGCAUGCCUCACAAGUGGGGCAAUGCAGAAAUAUCAGGGCAGAAUAUUACCGAUGCAGAGAGGGACACUCUGCAGAGCAACGCAACACUGCAAAAAAACAUUUCCAGAGGGAGGCAGGGAGAGAGAGGGACCUACCGAAAAUGUGUUGAGAGAGGGGGUCCUACAGAAUUGCUUGGAGGGUGUGGGGGGCUACUACACUACAGAAUUAAAAAAUAAAAAAGUACCUAAUAUGGCAGAUACUAGUUAGAGGGGGGAUGGUUAGAGAGCUGUUUAGGAGGGAUCAGGUAAAGAUCAGGGGGUGGGAGGUAUCAGGUGUGAGGGUAAUCUCUACACUAUAGCUAAACUUAACCUUAUAAACUACCUAAUUAACCCCUUCACUGCCAGGAUUUUCUGAAGUGUGGUACGCAGCUGCAAUUAGCAGCCUUCUAAUUCCGAAAAGACAAAGCCAUGCAUGUCAGUUAUUUCUAAACAAAGGGGAUCCGAGAAAAGCUUUUACAACCAUUUUUGUUAUAACGGCAUACGUGAUAUGUAAAUGAUUUCAGUGAGAACCCCUAAGUUUGUGAAAAAGUUAACACUUUUUUUUUUAAUUUGAUUACAUUUGGCAACAAAAUGGUGGCAGGAAUUAUAACAAAAUGGGCCUAGAUCAAUACAUUGGGUUGUCUACUAAAAUAUAUAAAUAUAAUUUUGAGUAAAUAAAUAAAAUGUUUAAAUGAAGUGAUAGCAACAUUGAUAAAAAUGCUCUGGUCUUUUGAGUAAGUUUUUGUCUGAAAUUCCUGGUCCUUAAGGGGUUAAAAUUGUAUGCUCUAUCUGAAUCAUAUAAUAAUCAUGAAGGAAACAUUUGGGUUUUAUGUCCUAUUAUUGCAUUGCUUCAUGUUAAUGUAUUUAAUUUCUUUUUUGUUUCAUUUACCUAUAUAUUAGAGUGUUUCAAUCAAAUAUGAGAGUACUUUAGAUUUUUCAAUAUAAAGGAAAAAGAAAGUCUUAAUUGCAAUUGUCUUAAUAUAUUAUUUAUUAUUACAUUAUUUAAAUGUUUUAGCAAUAUAGAGCAUAUAUUUCUGUAGUUCAGAUGAAAACAAAGAGCAUUUGAUAGGAAUUAUAGCAAAAAGGUUAAGGGUUACAACUUAUACAGACCUCUGUUGAUAAGUCUUAUUUACAGAUUUGCAUUCCUUUUUGUUCACUUAACAUAUUCCAUGUUUUAGUCUCAUAGAAAAACAAGGAUAAUGACAUAAGAAUAUGGUGUGUUUGCUUGGAUUGAAUACAGGUGAUUCAUUCCAUAAAUGACCUGCUUUCAUUUUAAACUGAACAAAUUGAUUAAUGUUGAAUGUAUUCAAGGCAGUUCCUAGAUUGCUUCUUAUAUAUGGUAAAUUGGGAUCAUCUCCUGCAGUCAUUAAAAUGUAGAUUUGUCAAAAAGAGCUAAAUUCCAAAAAUGAAAUUAGUAAAUAAAUUUAAUGGAACGCUGCAGUAUAAAGUUUUGUUUUACCUUAAUGUAUUCAAAAUGAUUUAUACCUGCAGGAUAUUGAUCCCUCAUGUUUAUUUUUGUAUUUAAAAUAGCUGGUCUUGCUCAUUUAAACCAUCACCUUUAGUUCUUAAAGACAUGCCCAUAUAAUUAGGCUGAGCCUGCAGGUAAAGAAGACCUUCUUAUGUUAUCUCUGUUUAUAACUCUUCUAAUUAAAGCUGGGAGUUCAAUGAGCACAACCAGCUAUUUCAAAUACAAAGCUCUAUCUCUCCUACACCCCCUGCUGGCAAGUUAAUUAGUGCUAUUGACUCCUGUUUAUGUAGCUUUUCUACAUCUGUAUUCAUUUACAUAUAUUUUCAAUAUAUGCCUAGAUUACAAGUGCACUCAAGGUAAAACAUUAGUGCUCCUAGGUUAGCACUGGCAUUAUAAGUUGAAAGUAAAAAGUUAAUGCACAAGCAAAAGACUCAGGCUCGCUAACUUCAGUACUUUAGAUAUCGCGACAGCACUAACUCCAUCUCUCCAUAGACUUUGACGGGGUGCACUAAAAAAGUUUCUUUUUAUUGCUCACCACUGCGCUACCCAGGUGCUGAACCAAAAAUGGUGCGGCUCCUAAGCUUACAUUCCUGAUUUUCAAAUAAAGAUACCAAGAAAACAAAGAAAAAAGGAUAAUAGGAAUAAAUUAGAAAGUUGCUUAAAAUUGCAUGCACUAUCUGAGUCAUGAAAGAAAAAAAUGAGGGUUUCAUAUAGUAAGUAGAGUUCUGGUAAUCUGCCAUAUUGCAUGGUAGAUACUUUUAAUAUUCCAAUAUAAACCUUGUAUAAGAUUCAUCCAACCGUAAGUAGCAAAAUACCCAAAACAAAUAGUUUUAUCAAAUUAAAAAUGACAAAAUUCACCUCAAAUAGAGCUAGAAGUAUUAAUAUUGAAAAGAAAUUAAAAUUAAAUCAUCUUUGCAGGGUUUUUUAAGCACUUGUUGUGGACCUAUAAUAUAUUCACUGAUACGAAAGGCUUUCAUAUAUGAACAUGCACUCCAACAUUACAUGCAUUUACAAUUUAUAAUAUAGGAUUAGCUCUCACAUGUGUAAGACGGCCAGUUAUAAGGUCUGCUAUUCUUAAGGCUGUGACACACUGAAAGCGAUGCGGCGCGAGGCGAUGCAGCUGCUUCGCACCACGUUGUAUCGCUUCUGAAGUUCAAUUAUUUCAUCUCUGAGCGCUCAGCUACGCAGCCUGGCGCAGCAGAGUGCUCAGAGAUGAAAAGGCAGGACACACUGAGCGCGCACAGCCGCAUCUACACGCUGCGCACCGCUCCGCUUGCAGUGUGUCACAGCCUUUAUACUUUAAUAUAGGUAAACAAACAUAGGCACACAUAUAUAAGUAUACAUAUAUAGGUGUACAUGUGUGGGUAUACAUACACAGGUAUACAAACAUAGGUGUGCAUAUACUGGUAUAUUUGGGUAUUGGUAAAUAUGUGCAGUAAUUCUCUUGAUGUUUGGCUCAUCUAUUUGACAUUUCAAGUAAGGUAUUUGGCUAAUAUUUUGAAGAUUUGUUUUGUUUUUCCAUUAAUCAUAUGAAUGGUUGCUAAUUUCAAACCAUUGUUAGCAAUAAUAAAGCCAUAUCAAUGAGUAGUGUUUAUAUACGUUGUCUGGCUUCCUUAAAGGGACAUUAAAGUCAAAAUUAAACUUUCACGAUUCAGAAAGAGCAUGCAACUUUAUAUUGUACUCCUAUUAUCAAUUUUUCUUCCUUGUCUUGGUAUCUUUAUUUGAAAAGCAGGAAUGUAUGCUUAGCAGCAGGACUAUUUUUGGUUCAGAACCUGGGUUGCACUUGCUGAUUGGUGGCUAAAUGUAGCCACCAAUCAGCAAACACCAGCAAGGGUGCUGAACCAAAAAUGGGCCGGCUCCUAAGCUUACAUUCCUGCUUUUUCAAAAAAAGUUACCAAGAGAAGGAAAAAAAUGAUCAUAGGAAUAAAUUAGAACGUUUCUUAAAAUUGCAUGCUCUAUCUGAAUCAUGAAAGAAAUAAUUUGGGUUUAAUAUCCCUUUAAGAAGUCAAAAAAUAUUAUAAUUUGCCUGGUAUAUCUCAUCUCCAGACUCUUCAUACAAAAAUAUGCUGAGAUCAAUUAGUGCUACCUGCUUUUAUGGCAAUAGUGUUUUUGGAUAGCACAUCAGUGCCAUAAAAAUACAUUUCUAUAAAAACUAGAGCUCCCUCUGGAGGAGAGAAAUGUUUUGAUCAUUAAAGGGACACUGAACACAAAUUUUUUUCUUUCUUGAUUCAGGUAAAGAAUGAAAUUUCAAGCAACUUUCUAAUUUACUCCUAUUAUCAAAUUUUCUUUAUUCUCUUGGUAUCUUGGAAUGUAAGUUUAGAUUCCGGCCCAUUUUUGGUGAACAACCUGGGUUGUCCUUGCUGCUUGGUGGAUACAUUCAUCCACCAAUGAAAAAGUGCUAUCUAGAGUUCUGAACCCUAAAAAAAAGCUUAGAUGCCUUCUUUUUCAAAUAAAGAUAGCAAGAGAACAAAGAAAAAUUGAUAAUAGGAGUAAAUUCGAAAGUUGCUUAAAAUUGCAUGCUCUAUCUGAAUCACUAAAGAAAAAAAUUGGGUUCAGUGUCCCUUUAAUAUUGUGCUGGAAAUACCAGUAAGAGCAAUUAAAACAUAUAAUGCAUCUCAGCAACUUUACUGUAUUGUGGGAAAAAUGUAUAUCUAUCAACCAAAGUAAGGAUGUGAUUUUAUUUGAAUGGAAUUGAUGCACUACAUAUGCUUUUUAUUUUGUUUCAGUAUACUGCAUGCCAUAUAGUAAAAUGAAUAAACUAGUAACUGCAUUGUGUUCACUUUAAAUAAGCAAAUAAAAUACAUUUUUGAAUAAUU